AUGGACUCGCAAAAACCAAUGGUAUUAGAAAAUCUAGACUACUAUUAUAACAUGUUUCUCAAUCUUUUAAAAUUCAUUGGAGCGUUAUUCACCGUUAUGAAAGUAUUGGAAAUGUGUAAUUACAUGAUUCGAAUCAAAGAAGAAAUAACAAAGAUGAAUGAGACGGUGAAGGAAAAAAUUGAUAUCUUGGGGGAAAGACACGAGACCUUGAAAGAAAAAAUUGAUAUCUUGGGGGAAAGACACGAGGCCUUGAAAGAAAGAAUAACAACGGGAUUUGAGCUAACAAAUGCCAAUUUUAGACUGCUUAACGAGAAAUGGAGCUUUUUUAAAGAAAAUGUAGAAUCUAAAUUCGGUAUAUCAAAAGAGAAAUAUGAAUAG